ACAACUGCCACAAAAGGAGUUUUGGCAGACGGACAAACUAUGAUUCUGCUGCUGACUUUGUGGACAACUUUUGUGAUUACAGCUUUUUCUCAAUGCCCUCCUGGUCUGAUACCUCUCACUUCCAAUAAUAACUUCAAUCAGCCACUGACAUGCACCCCACAAGAUCCAUGUAGUUGUUUCUCGGUCUCUGCGAGAUAUGGAGCAAUCUGUCAUUAUUCUAGUAAUUACAACAACUAUUUAUGUUGUCAUUCGCAAAAUACACAAUGCGGAACUAACUCAAGCCCUCAAGUUUCUGCAUCUGGCCAAGUUGUGACGUGUUUCACAAAUAGUCAAUGUGCUUCUGGGUACAUUUGUAGCAAUGGUGCUUGCUGCCCUAAUACUAAUUCCAAUACCUGUAGCACAACUGGAACUCCCUGUUUCACCGGUCAGAUAUCUGUUGGUGGCCAAUGCUUCAACUCGGUGAACAUUGGAGACCGAUGCCAGCGAUCCGAGCAGUGUCUCGGAGGAUCUCAAUGCCAGAAUAAUUUGUGUCAAUGUCCAAAUGGAUUUGCAAAUGUCAAUCAGAAAUGCGCAUGUCAGUUAGGAACUGUGCUCUUCAAUUCGCAAUGCAUAACUCUUGCAUCGCCAGGACAAAAUUGUCAGAUUUCUUCUCAGUGUAUUGACAACUCGGUGUGCAAUAAUCAGAUGUGCUCGUGCAAUGGGAACUACCGAUUGGUAUUUGGAUACUGUGUCCCAUUUACUAACUCAAAAUGCCAACAAACUCAAACUCUUGUCAAUAACCAAUGUGUUCUCCUGUCAAUUGUCGGAGAGACAUGCAUCGCGAAUCAACAAUGCGUUGGAGGAGCCAUGUGUAACUCUGGAACCUGCAGGUGCACAAAUGGAGCAACUGCAAUGUACGGAUACUGUAUCAGUUCCCAGUCAACUGUCAAUCCUUGCAAUUCGAAUCAGGUCUACUACAACGGUCAGUGUUAUAACACUGUUAAUAUUGGGUUCCAAUGCCAGAUCACACAACAGUGCCUUGGAAACUCUCAAUGUCAGAACUCAUUCUGUCAGUGCACAUCGGGAUCCCCCAAUAAUGGUAUCUGCCCAACUUCUCCAAACACCUCAAAUCUGUGCUCUUCUGGUCAAACUGUUCAACUAGACAAUAAUAAUCAGCCAAUCAAUUGUUUGGUUACUGUAUGCCCCAACACUUCGUUCUGUCAGUAUUCAUCAUCUGGUCAACGAUAUGUUUGCUGUCGUUAAAAGUCAGUGACGAUCAGAAUAAAAUUGUUCGAAAGUCAA